AUGAAAUCAGCCAUGCUCGUCAUUCUUGGUGCGUGCACAAUAGUAGCUGGGACACAGGCGCCCUUUGCCACAGUGAAUACGUGGUUGCUCGAUGAUGCCGGCGAGCUCGCCAGUGAUGGCGAGAGAUACUCGGGACACACUGUCAGUGGCGAACUAGACUUGAUCAUAGCAGGCGUCAAAGGCGGAUGCGGUAGGACCACGCAAGUCCAGCUUAGCGAGACCUUUCUCCACGCUGACGUUCAUUGCAGGCUGCGCUGCGUCGAUGGCCGGAUCGUCGCUCCUAGCAAGCUUGCUGACAUCCCGACUUCGAUCGUAAGCCUGACCUGUCGUAAAGUGGCCGGCCUCUGCGCCAAACACGGCCCAUGA